GGGCGGGGCCUCGCGCUGGGGGAGGGAAGGUGGGCAAAGAUGGCGUCCAGCGAGUGAUUUCGUCCUGGAUUUCGCCAGCAGUCGCUGAGGCACCAGGGCGGGGGGUUCUGCCCGGACGGCCGUCCUUCCUCCUCUCCCCGCGCCCCGAGACCCCGCCUUCCCUUCCUCCCUCUACCUCAGGGGGUGGGGGGAGGCGGACCUGGUUCUCGGGACACCAUGUCGGACUCUGAGGAGGAGAGCCAGGACCGGCAACUGAAAAUCGUCGUGCUGGGGGACGGCACCUCCGGGAAGACUUCCUUAGCUACGUGUUUUGCUCAAGAAACUUUUGGGAAACAGUACAAACAAACUAUAGGACUGGAUUUCUUUUUGAGAAGGAUAACAUUGCCAGGAAACCUGAAUGUUACUCUUCAAGUUUGGGAUAUAGGAGGGCAGACAAUAGGAGGCAAGAUGUUGGAUAAAUAUAUCUAUGGAGCACAGGGAAUCCUCUUGGUAUAUGACAUUACAAAUUAUCAAAGCUUUGAGAAUUUAGAAGACUGGUACACUGUGGUGAAGAAAGUGAGCGAGGAAUCAGAAACUCAGCCACUGGUUGCCUUGGUGGGCAAUAAAAUUGAUUUGGAGCAUAUGCGAACGGUAAAAUCUGAAAAACACUUACGGUUUUGCCAGGAAAAUGGUUUUAGUAGCCACUUUGUCUCAGCAAAGACAGGAGACUCUGUCUUCCUGUGUUUUCAGAAAGUUGCUGCUGAAAUCCUUGGAAUCAAGUUAAACAAAGCAGAAAUAGAACAGUCACAGAGGGUGGUGAAGGCAGAUAUUGUAAACUACAACCAGGAACAACCUGUGUCAAGAACUGUUAACCCUCCUAGAAGCUCUCUGUGUGCGGUUCAGUGAGCGCCUUUUCUUUGGUCUUGCUAGUCCCAGCUGCCUGGGCUUGUGUGGGCCUGUGGGCCGGAGGAUCGCUAGGAACCUGUUUAUCUGUGAGCAUCUCUGUAGCUCGGUUAACGCUUUCCUCCCAGCUCGCUCCAUCACUGCGUGUUGCCUCACAGCCGCAGGCAGCUCCUUGGACGAAAAGAAUUCAGCUUCGGGACCACACACUUUGAAUUCAAAAUGGAAAGCCCAUUCUCUGGAGUUAGACUGCUUCACUGAAAAAGAAUAAUGUUGGUCCUCUUUAUGUCCUCACUUCUUUUUUCCCAGAUGUCAAUUUUUUUAAAACAAAUAUGAAAACUAUCCGAGUCUUGACCAUCAGCCAGCGUAUUGCCGCGGCCCAGCUUCCUUCGCUUCUCCGAACUCACACAUGACAAAGUCCACUUCAGGGUGCAAGCAUUUAAACGAGUAAAAUGUUUUCUCUGCAGAUACUUAAGGAGGCAAUCUUCUGCUGUCUGUCAUGAGCGAAAAUAUAUAAAGCUGUAUCUAACUCAGAAUGCUUCAAAUAAAGCUGUAAUAGAAAUAUUUUUUUUCCAUUUUAUAAAAAAGGACCUAAAUUGUUUGUAUUGUAGCUGUAGCUCACACAGCAGUUAGUAUUUGAUAUUGUAUUUUUAUUACUGCAUCACGGUCAUUGUAUAUUGUGUAAAAGUUCGAUGGCUUUGUGAGUUUUGAUAAACGUCCAGCUGCUGCUCCACACGGACUUUCCUGCAAACGGCGUAGGAGUCCUCCCAGAACAGGUGGUGACUGUUGUUGGAUCAUUGUGGGUCAGACUGGACCUGAUGUUCAGAGUUUUUCUCCUGCAAAUAAAUUUAUUUAAAUUAC